GUAUACAUCCAGACUGGACAGUGAUCCUGGCCGAUAGAGUCAGGUCCAUCAAGUCCAGAUAAGGUCAACCCCAUUCUUGAAUACCUUGUUUUUAUUUUAUUUUUAUUUAGCCCGUGGUAUAUGCGUUCAAAAGUACAUCCUCCGAUGUAACCAUUACGGAUCUUCCCCGCAUCACACAAGAUAAGCCGGCGGAGAAAUGACUCCAAGACAAUGACUGAGCCCUAUAUAAAUUGACUGCCAACCACAAUUAAAUCUAUCGAAUCCAUCCCGCCCAACCGGAUUGCAAUCAUUAUAUCAAUAUAUCACAAUGCCAGCCAACAAAAACGUCGUAUUCGACGUCGUAGGAACCCUUGUCUCCUACGACCGCAUCUACAACGCCAUCGACACCCGCCUAGGCCCCAAACUCCGCGAACACGGCGUCCAACCAUCCUUCCUAGGCUACACCUGGGUCGAAGUCGCCGAGCGCGAAUACACCUAUCUCAGUGUCUCAGGCGCCUACACACCCUAUGCUACCAUUUUCGAAAAGAUCUUCCACCGCAUGCUCUACCAAGCAGGCAUUGCGGACCCCGCAACCGUCGGCACAGACGAAGACCUCGCGUAUAUCAUGCAAGAAUACGCGAAUCUAGACCUCCGCCCUGGAGCACUAGAAUGUGUACAGAAACUCCGCGAGGCCGGGUUUACGGUUUGGGCGCUCACGGCCGGCGAUUUGAACCGGGUCGGUGCGUAUCUGCGCAAUGCGGGUGUUGAGAUGCCUUCGGAGAAUCUCCUAUCGUGUGACACGGCUGGUGUUGGGAAGCCGGAUCCCGGGGCUUAUCGGCCGUUGUUGGAGAGGUUGAAGACGGAGGGUGGAGAGAAGCCGUGGUUUGCGGCGGCGCAUAUGUGGGAUGUUUCUGCGGCGAGGCGCACGGGCUUUAAAGGAGCGUAUUGUACUGUGUAUGAGAAGCAGGCACUUCCGGAGUUGUUUGGGGAGAUGGAGGUGACGGCUGAUAGCUUGCCGGAGAUGGCAGCAGGGAUUAUUGCGUCUGAGGGGUAAAUAUAGCAAGACUGUAAUGGUCGAUAUCAGUCUAGUUCCUGUCCAAUAGAUGGUGCAUACGAGUACAUAUAGAUCCUUGCUUAUCUUCGGAUAUACCUUGUACAGAUAGAUUAUCUACUCCGCAUCUUCAUGUCCAAUGUCGGCGGUCUUAGCCAAUCAUUGACUACGACGAAUGUAUACGACACUUGAUAAGUACGUGUACAGCAUCCGUGUCACCCAAUCUUGAAUCAACAGCUACAUCCACUGCACCGAACUAUCAACGUUGAACA